AUGAGUAGGUUAUUUACUAAAACAAAGAAGAAACCUUUAUUUUUUAACAAACAACCACAAAUUGAAUAUAAUAAACAAGAAAAUGAUAUUGAAAAAAUCAAAUUACAUGAUUCAAACAAUGGUUUUAAUCCACUCAGUAUAAUAAAAGAAGAGGGGUUUGAUAAUAGUGACACAAUGAAGUGGUUUGACAAAAUGACAACUGACAGUGGAGAAGUGUUAUUAAAAAAUGAAAGUACCAGUAUUAAAAGUUUCAACAGUAUGACUUCAUUUCAAUUUUCACCAGAAGAAGAUGAAAUAGUCUCAAAUAAGAUGGAUGAAACUAUCCAACCAAAGGUGUUUACAGAAGCAAGAAAUGAAAGAGUUAUUUUAGAACAAACACAAGAAUCAGAGAAAGAUGAGAACCAAGUAAUUGAGGCAAAAGAAAUAAAGUGUGUUGAGAAUCCAAUCAAACAAGAAACAGACAAAGAAAUAAAUAAACCCAAAAAACAAUCUCAAGUUAAACCAAAAGAAAAUAAGAGAUCAAAUUUCCAUAUUUCAAUGAAAAGAUUUGAAUUUAAAAAACCUAAUUUAAUUUCAAAACCACUGAAAGAUCGAAUGAAAGAUUCAACUAAACAAAUCAGUGAAAAAUCUAUUCAUAAAUCUUCAGAUAACUACAACUUUCAACUAAAAGUAGAUCUAAAAGAAAAAGUACCAAACAGAAAUCAAAGUACUAAGAAUGUAGAACUAGAAAAAGAGCUAAGAAAAGAGUCAGAAGAAGGUUUUAAAAAAGUAUCUAAUAUUAAGAAGAUUAUGAAUUCUCCAGAUAACACAGAACCUAUAAGAAAUUCUAACAAUAAUGAAAUUAAUAUAAACCAAAAAGAAGUUGAAGAACAAGUAGUUAUUCAACAAGAAGAGAAAAAAGAGAUGUAUUCAUUGAAACGUAAAAUAGAAAUAAAUGAAGAAAAUGAAAAUAUUCCACCACUAAAACGUCCAGUUAUUAACAAAGAAAAUAAAAAUAAUCUUUCUAAAUUUGAAAUACCAACAAUUAAACUCCCAGUUAUGUUUAGUUUAUCAGAAAGUAGAUUAGAAUGCUUAAAAAAGAUUUCUACUAUUAUUCAAAUGUUAAAUUAUGCACCUAUAAACAAAGAACUACAAACAUCUAAAGUAAUUUUUCUUCCAGAAAUACAUUCUAUUCCAAAACCAACAACAGAAGAAGAAAUGAAAGCAUCUCUUUUAUUCUGUAAACAGAAGAUAGAAAAAUUAGGUAACGAAGUUGAAUGUCUCUUACCUAUUACAUGUUGUGUAGCAGAAAAAAUACUAGAACAAUUAAAAAAAAUACAUGAAUCACGAAAAAAUAAGUUAGCUAUUAUAAAAAAACAAGAAGAAGAAAUGAAAACACUUCAAGAAACACUUCAUGCAAAUAGAACAAUAAAAUAA